UCACAGUCAAAAGUGGCUGACUUUCACGAGAGCAACAUGGCACAGGGCAGCAUCACCAAAUACCUGUUGUCUGACAACAAAAACGAUGUGAUUUUAUACCUGGAAAUGGUUUUAGAGAAUGCAGGAGAGUCAGAAGACUCAGACUCCGAGAACAUCAAUACCCACGGGGAAUGUGACAUCGAUGGAGCACUUGAUGAGCUGAGAGGCUCAGGAUCUUUAAUAAAAGAUAACGAAAAUCAAGUGCUGAUCCAAAGUUUACAGAACACAACUAUCCGAUCUGACAACAUCAACCCGAAAAGAAGAGGAGCUUGCAUGCAUAAUUCUACCUCAGACAUCACUAUCUACUACUACAAAUCAAACAUCCUGGUAGAUCUGAAAAAAGGUGUCCCUGUUGUAUUGAACAUCACCAACUCCAACCAGUUUCUGAAAUGCACAUUCGGAAAGGACAAGGCAGUUCUGAGUGUUGAGUGCUCAGAAAAGGAAAAACUGGAAUCUAUCUAUAAAAAUGAUCCGCUCACCUGGCCUUUUGUCUUCUACCUCUCGCGCACAAAGGACGACUGCCGUCGCUUCGAGUCAGCCGAGUGCAGCGGUUGGUUCAUCCGCACCGAGUCUGACUCUGUGUGCGUGGAUAAGAAAAAAGAUAAAGAUAAAGAUUCUGAGAAAUAUUCCUUCCUCUUCAUAUGCAAACCAAAUACAACAAAGUCAAAGUGAAUUAUUGAGAAAAA